AGAGUCAAGGCAGCAGAGUGACAGUACAGCUGUAACAGCAGCAUAUGUACAGUGCAGCUCCCCAUCUGCCGUCCUCUGCUCUCCUAUCAAGAUGGAAGGUGAAAAUUAGCUUUUUGUUUUGUGUGGUUUUUAAAGCAGGGCUUGAGAAAUAUCCUCACAGGAGCUGUAUAAAUGCAAGGAGGGCAAGUAUAUUGCAAUCUGUGAGCUUCAAAGCUCUCAAGAGAACUAGAGCAUCUAUUCUCCUUCAGCUCUCCACCCCAACUGUGCAUUUCUGAUUUCAAAAGGAGAUUGUUUUUUUUUUAAUUCUCCUAAAGAUACUCUUGUGGAAAACCUCUGCACUGCUGACAUGCUGACAUAGAAGAAAACAGUAGGGCCAAUAGCAGAAACAGGACUGGUUCCCUGCAUCCUCGGUGAAACAAAAAGGGAAUGCUUCUAACGCUGUUGGAUGAGAGAGAUCCCUUUCGUCUGAAGAGAAAUUAAACUGAUGGACAAUCUGUACUGGAGCCAUGGGAUGUGGCACUUCUGCAACUGAGAGUCAAGCAAAAAAAUCAGAGAAAGCAAUUAAGGCCGCUAUCCUUAUUCAGAGAUGGUAUCGCUGUGCAAUGGCCCGACUAGAAAUGAGGCGACGAUAUGCUCUGAAUAUUUUUCAAUCUAUUGAAUAUGCUGAAGAGCAAGCGCAACUACAGCUGUCUGAUUUUUUCACAUUCAUGCUGGAUCACUUUACUCAGCUCAACGAGACCGACACAGAUUCAGUUUCUCACUUUUUUGAUGGCAUCAGUGAUUUUAAUACCACCAGUUCAGACCUCGUGUUACUAGAAUAUGAGAAGAUGAUAGAGGUUCCACACUCCUAUCGUGGACCUCGGCUGUCCUUUCCACUCACUGCUGAGGAUACUGCUGCUCUACUUCAUGCUUUCAAAUAUCACCAGCAACUGCAUGCCCGCUAUGUGCUACAGCUUCUACAUGAAACAAGGAGAGUUCUUCGACAGAUGCCAAACAUCACUCAUCUGUCGACUUCCUAUUCCAAAGAGAUAACCAUUUGUGGUGAUUUGCAUGGAAAACUGGAUGAUCUUUUGCUGAUAUUCUAUAAGAAUGGCGUGCCUUCAGAAAAAAACCCUUACCUUUUUAAUGGUGAUUUUGUUGAUAGAGGGAAAAAUUCCAUGGAAAUACUCAUCAUCCUGUUUGCAUUUCUUCUUGUCUACCCUAAUGAUUUACACUUGAACAGAGGGAACCAUGAGGACCAUCUCAUAAACCUGAGAUAUGGCUUCACAAAAGAAGUGAUGAAGAAGUAUUGGUACCAUGGGCAAAAAAUUUUACGCCUUCUGGAAGACGUCUUUAGCUGGCUUCCCCUUGCUACUAUAAUUGACAGCAAAGUAUUAAUUUUGCAUGGAGGAAUUUCAGACACUACAGAUUUGGAUCUCCUGAAUUUGUUUAGCAGAAAUAAGAUGAAGUCUGUGCUGAAACCACCAAACCCACACACAGAGAAAAAAUCCAGCUUGAACAAAACUGGCUUGGUUGAGCAGCAUUCUUCUGUAUCAAAAUCAAUGGCCAAGUCUCCAGCAAUGUCUGGCUAUAGAGGACCACACACCAAUGACCGCUCAGAUGCUGAGAAACGUACUCGUCGCCUUCAUGGUGGUACCCGCUCUGACCUUCCCCCUCAGAUGCACUAUCUGGAGUCCAGUGCUUGUAAGCUGCCAGAAUUGACGGCAAAGGAAUGGAAACAAGUGGUUGAUAUUUUGUGGAGUGAUCCAAAAACCCAAAAGGGCUGCACGUCAAACAAAUAUCGAGGAGCUGGUUGCUACUUUGGCCCUGAUGUUACUUCCAGACUGCUUAAAAAGUAUAAUCUGAAGAUGCUCAUCAGAUCUCAUGAAUGUAAACAAGAAGGCUAUGAGGUCAUCCAUGGAGGGAAGGUCAUCACUAUUUUUUCUGCCUCUAACUACUAUGAAGAGGGAAGCAAUCGUGGUGCUUACAUCAAGUUGAAUCCUGAUCUGAUACCUCGCUUUGUACAGUAUCAAGUCAGUAAACACACACGCAAAGAGACUCUUAACCAAAGGGUGAGUGUAGUUGAAUGUUCUGCUUUAAAGUCACUAAGAGAGAAAAUUUACACGCACAGAUUAGAACUCAUUGAAACUUUCAAACAAUACGACCCGAAUGAUACAGGGUAUAUUUCUGUCGGUGAGUGGGCCUUGGCAAUGGAAUCUGUCUUGCAUCUGGAUCUUCCUUGGAGGACACUGCGCUCUCGAUUGGUGCAGCUUGGCUCAGAUGAAAGAGUUGACUAUCUUUCAUGUUUUGAUGAUUUGGAAAUAGAGCGACCUCUGAAAGAGGUUCAACCAGCAUUGGUGGAAACCUUUUGCAGAUACAGAAAUGAUUUGGAGAUAAUCUUCAACAUCAUUGACAAAGAUCGUUCAGGUCUGAUCUCCAUUGAGGAGUUUCGCCAAACAUGGAGGUUCUUUAGCUCUCAUCUGAACAUCAACAUAGAUGAUGAAGCCAUUAACAAGCUCGCCCAUGCCAUAGACUUCAACAAAGAUGGCAGCAUUGAUUUCAAUGAAUUUUUAGAGGCAUUUCAUGUGGUUCAUAAGUUUGAAAAGAGAAAGAACCAGUGAAAGAGCAGAAUUCCCCUGAGGAGUUCUUGUCAGGAGCUUGCCAGCAUGCUUGCCACUGGUCUCAUGCUGUGCUGAGAUACCUAAUUGCUGGCUGGAAAAUAAUGGACCGCUUGUUCUUGUAAGACAGCCUGGUAAACAUAUGGGGUAGAUAACUAGAAGCCUGGUUCUGGUUGGACAAGUUAUUACUCAAGUCAGUUGUAGAUUGUGGACAGUUGCCAAGCUUGAAAACACUAAUGAGGAGAAGGAAGAAAUGAAAGAAGAGAAAACAUUAAUUACCUUCUUAAGGGGGCGGGUUUGUUUCCUGCUAGUAGAGUGUUUCACUGCCAUAUUAACAACCUAAGUUUGACUCCAGUCCCUGUUUCUGUGGCCAUAGAGGUCUGUGAUCACUGCCAAAAUACCACCUAAAGCCUUGGGAGGUUGGGAAGAAAUGUUUCUUGUGGUGCACGACCAAUCAUUGCAGACAAUUAAUAAGCAGUAUUGAGCACCCUGAAAGGAGUUGUCUAGUGGUUUUUACACUUUGUAUUUCCCCUCAAGUUUUUCAUUAUAGCUGACUACAAAGGGCAACAUCACUUUGGCCAUGGUUGAAUAUGCCUAUAAAAGAUUCUGCUUUUAAGACAAUGAAGAUGUUUUGACAAAAUAUUAUUUUCCUUUGCUUCAGUAUACAUUAUUCUAAUGAAUACCAGACAAGCCAACCUUAAUAUUAUUUGCAGCUUCCAAGUUGGACAGCUGUGUUGCAGAUGAUUGCAGGUACUGUAAAAAUAUAUGGUACUGCAUAGUCCCUUUCCAGAAGCAAGCAAAAUAUGGAACUUGGCACCUCUGCUUGCUUUUAAGCUUGGAACAUAGAGCUCCAGUGGCUUGGAAGAUAUCCAGCCAGUCUGCAUGGGGGGCAUGCAUAAUCAGUAGCACAGAAAUCACAUACAUUCAUAUUGUGCUCACUUCUAAGUGUUUUCUCCAAUAAAACAUGCACACAAAAGAUGCUAAAUGAAAAGAAAGCAUCUUUCUUUGUGCCAAAGCCUUUGUCUUGGCUAUUAAGACUUAUUUAAAAGCACCGCCACAGUUUCUGGUUGAUUGCUUUGCUGUACCUUGGUCUCAGUAUUAACUGUGCAGUAAACUACCCUUUGUUCCUUACUAAAAUAA